AACCAAGCCCAGCGCGCCCCAAACCCCCCAAAACGGCGCCGCCCGGCUGGUUUUGGGGCUGUCAGCAGCUGUCCGGCGCUGGGCAUGGAGCGUGUGCGGGGAGCUGGGGCCGUGCUGGCGGUGCUGGUGGUGCUGGGAGCCCCCCCGGCUGCGGGCGAGGAGCUGUCGGGGGUGUUCCAGUGGAUGGGAAAACAGGAGUGUCAUUUCAUCAACGGCACCGAGCAGGUGAGGUUCCUGGAGAGGCACUUCUACAACCGGGAGCAGCUCCUGCAUUUUGACAGCGAUGUGGGGGUCCAUGUGGAGGACACCCCAUUUGGGGAGAUCCAGGCCAGAGACUACAACAGCCACCAGAUGCCACCGGACACCGUCCGCAGCAAGAUCCUGGUGGGGGUCGGGGGCUUCGUCUUGGGCUUGGUCUUCCUGGCGCUGGGGCUCGGCUUCUACCUGCGGGAGAAGAGCUCCUGAGCUGCCGGCGGCCGCAGCCCCUCCCCGUGGCCUCGGGCCCAGCCGGGACCCCCCAGUCCAUCCCCACGCUGAGUUUGGGGGGUCGUGUGUCCCCUCCGUCCCUGCUUUUAUUCUGACCCCAGCUGGCUGCUCCCAGUGUUCCCAGUAAAGCCUCCCAGUUCUCCCCAGUCCCUGUUAUUGGGGGGCAGUGAGGGCAGGGGGGAGGGGAUCCCUGUCAUAGCUUUACUUCUAAAAAACC